AUGAGUUCUGACGACGUAAUAAAUCCAGAUGAUGACAAGAAAAACAACAAUAACAACAAUAAGAAUAAAAAGAAUAAUAAUAAUAAUGAAGACGAAGAAAAAGACAAAAAUAACGAUAAUAAUAAUAAAGGCCGUGUCACCUAUGGUACUAUUACCGUAACCAGAGGCGAGGCUUGUGACGUCAGCGAAAGUAUCGGUGCUAGUAGUAGUAGUGGUUAUGGUAUCAGUAGCAGUGGUAGUAGUAGUAGCAACAUCAGCGUUGAACCGAUUAGUAGCAGUGGCACCCCCUCCAAUUUGGGACAGUCCGAGCACCGACUUCCACCAACUCCGAAGUGA